AAUUCCUGGGGUCACAAUGAGUUCAUCUGAAGAAGCUGAAAAUAUUAAAAUGUUAUUUCAUCAUCAGCAUUCAUUUGUGAUUUCAAAAAUCAUAUUUAUUGCAAGUGAGUUGGGUGUCUUCGAUUUGAUGAGGGAGUCAGGGGAACUGCUGUCCGCGGCGAUUGUGGCAGAGCGCUUGAAGACCAGCCUCACCGGGAUGCAGAUGCUGCUGGAGGCCUGUGUGGGCUUAAAGGUCCUGAGAUUGGAAUGGAAGGAUGGCAAAGAUCUUUAUGGAAACACAGAGUGUGCUGAUCUCUUUCUGACUAAAUCAAGUCCAAAGUCUCAGUAUUAUUCCAUGAAGUUUUAUUCAGAAACUAUAUAUCCAGCAAUGCAAUACUUGUCUGAAGCUGUGAGGAAAGGAAAAAAUCAGAUUCCAUCAAUAUAUGGCUCUCCCUCAAACAAGACUUUUGAGGCCUUUUACAGGUCAAAGGAAGAGUUAGAAACCAUCUCCAAUUUCAUGAAUGAGCUUUGGUCUGUGCUAGGAAGAGAAGUGCUUUCUGCCUUUGACCUGUCCCAGUUCCCACUCAUUUGUGAUCUGGGUGGAAGCACAGGUGGCUUACCUAAGGAACUGAUUUCACUCUACCCAAAAUGUACUGUGACCGUUUUUGAUCUCCCUGAAAUAGUGGAAGCAUCCAAGAACCAUUGUUUUUCUUCAGAAGAGACCCGGAUCACUUUCCAUGCAGGUGAUUUUUUUAAAGAUCCCAUUCCUGAAGCAGACCUGUACAUUUUGGCCAGAACUCUGCAUAACUGGUCAGACGAGACUUGUUUGCAGCUGUUAUGCGAAGUGUACCAAGCCUGCAAACCUGGUGGCAGUGUCUUAAUAGUUGAAAUGCUUCUUGAUGAAGACAAAGGAGGGCCUUUAAUUGCCCAAUUCUACUCCUUGUUAAUGUUGCUGUUUACUGAAGGGAAAGAACGGUCAGCAACUGAGUUGAAUGUGCUCCUCCACAAAGCUGGUUUCCAAGAAGUUGAGUUAAAGAAAGGAAGCCUCUUUCAUAUUAUUUUAGGAAGAAAAUAA